AUAACAGUUAAGCGGCAAGCGCGCGUUUCGGGUUAAAAUACGCGACGAAAUGCGAACACCGAAAUCGUCAACAAUUACGAAAACGCGAUUGUGAAUGUAAUUGGAUUCUAAUGUGAAUACGAGCAUAUCAGAGCCUACACUCUUCAGCAGGCCCAAGAAAAUACUUAUCGCCCUACUGAUUGUUGAAUCAGCAACAAAAGCUAAUUGCGUGUAGUUCAUAAACGCGUUAUAAAAGAAUAAUUGUCUGAGAAAUAAAUAGAAUUGAUAUCAGUAAAAAAGUUGACACUCUCAAAUGUGCUUGGCAUAAAAUCAAAGCAAAGCGAGAAAAAAUAAAUAUCAAAGCAAUUCCAAAAGCCACCCACGCACAGCACGCAUUCAAUGCCAAGCAACACCAUGCAGCAGAAUCAGCCCACAUUUGUACUCCUUAAACGAUCAAAGCAACUUAAUUAAUUGCCGAAAUCCACCUACAAAGCCAAUCAAAGCAGCGCGGGCAAAGCUAAUGAGCUCGAAAAUCAAGGCAACUCGAAGCGUCUUGGCUUUGAUGCCAUCAAGCCAACUCUACGACCAAAGGCCACAACAUGCCAGUGCAAAAACUUGCAAAUCAUUGGGAUGUAUGGGAACCAUAGCAGCUGGCACCUGGCAAUGGCAACACGCAGGUGUCGCUAAUGGCAGCAUGAGUCAGUUGCUGUUGCUGCUGGGGCUGCUCUGCCUGGGCGGGUGCCAGGCCAGGUGCCGGGAGGAGCCAACUCGGGACUGUGAGGCCAUUUGCGAUGCGGCUGGCGGCAACUGCUCCAUACGCGCUCUGGUGCUGCUGCCCAAUGACGACGGAUACGAGGCAUCGCUGCAGCGCGUGCUGCCCAUUCUGAAAGUGGCGGAGCAGCAGAUCCGCCACACGGCUUUGAUACCACAGCACAUUGACUUCCAGUGGCUGGCCCACGACACCAAGUGCGAUGCCUCCCUGGGCGUCAUCAGGGCCAUGGAUGGCAUUAUCAAGCAGUGUGCGCAAGUCAUCUUUGGACCGGUUUGCGACUAUUCGCUAGCUGCUGUUAGCCGCAUUACCAAAUACUUCAAUAGUCAGGGAACACCACUCAUAACCGUGGGGGGAUCCACUUAUGAUUUUGAGCAGAAGAAAACCGAUUGUGGCGAUGAGUUUUAUAUGCUGCUGCGCACUGGAAUGCUGAGCUUUGAGUCCAUCUCCGAGCUGACCAUAAAUGUAAUGAAACAGCACAACUGGUCCCAUUCAAUUUUCUACUACGAGCGCGAUGGUCAGCGCAAUGUGGCCGGCUUACACACUUGUUUCCUCAUGAUGAAGUCUCUCGGCAAACAGAUGCGUAACGAGAACAUGACCUUUGCCCAGUAUCCGCUUGAGCCAAACGUAAUGAAUCGUUCGGAGGAAAUGCGUCGUGAAAUUGGCAAUAAACACUCAAGUGAGUAA